AAGCUUGGUGGCCUGGGUGGGGCCUGUCCAAAAGGCUGGUGCUGACGGCGAAUGGGGGCGGUUCUAAAGGGAAGGUGGUGCAUACCGGACUGUCCUCUUUCUGCAUAGUACAAGGGAAAGGGAGGUCAUUCCUUGAGCUAGUGCCCUGCUAGGCUGGAGAGGUCCUACCCUCAAACAAGUGUUCUUAUACCAACUGAACUGUCGAGAUCCCAGUCUCAGGGGGGGUUUCAGACGCCGAAAGAGCCAGUGUAGAUCUUAUGGCGGAGCCGGUCCGCUUGGGCCGGAAGCGUCCGCUGCCUGUUUGCCCCAACCCGCUCUUCGUUCGUUGGCUGACCGAGUGGCGGGACGAGGCAGCCAGCAGAGGGCGCCACACGCGCUUUGUGUUUCAGAAGGCACUGCGCUCCCUCCAACGGUACCCGCUACCAUUGCGCAGCGGGAAGGAAGCCAAGAUACUUCAGCACUUCGGAGACAGGCUCUGCCGCAUGCUGGACGAAAAGCUGAAGCAGCACCUAGCAUCGGGCGGUGACCAUGCCCCGAACUCACCAACUGUAAAGAACAGAGACAGCAAAGGGCCACCUGUUCAAGUCCAGGACUCUUCCAUGCCAGUUCCUACCCAGCCUCAAGCAGGAAGCACCAGUGCUGGCUAUUGGCCAGCUCAGAACUCAGGUGCUCGAGAGAUCCUGCUGCAACUCUACAGGGAGCACCUGAAUUCUGAUGGCCACAGCUUCCUAACCAAAGACGAGCUGCUGCAGAAGUGUGCCCAGAAGACCCCCCGGGUAGUACCUGGGAGUUCGAGACCCUGGCCUGCCCUCCGAGGCCUCCUUCACAGGAACCUAGUCCUCAGAACACAUCGGCCAGCCAGGUAUGCACUGACACCGGAGGGCCUGGGGCUGGCCCAGAAGCUGGCCGAGGCAGAAGGCCUGAGCACUCUGAACACUGGCUUUAGGCCAAAGGAGGAUCAUGGAGAGGAGUCAGCAGUUCCUGAAGGCACCUUGUCAGAACCUGGCCCUACUGAGGGGGGUGUCCAGCAGAGGCCACUGGAGCUAAGGCCUGGGGAGUACAGAGUGCUGUUGUGCGUGGACAUUGGUGAGACCAGAGGGGCAGGACACAGGCCAGAAAUGCUCCGAGAGUUACAAAGACUGCAUGUGCCCCACACAGUACGCAAGCUGCACGUUGGGGACUUCGUGUGGGUGGCACAGGAGACCAGGCCCAGAGACCCAGAAACACCUGGGGAGUUAGUCCUGGACCACAUUGUGGAGCGCAAGCGGCUAGAUGACCUGUGCAGCAGUAUCACGGAUGGCCGCUUUCGCGAGCAGAAGUUCCGCCUGAAGCGCUGUGGCCUGGGUCACCGGGUGUACUUGGUGGAGGAACAUGGGUCUGUUCACAACCUUAGCCUUCCUGAGAGUACAUUGCUGCAGGCUGUCACAAACACCCAGGUCAUUGAUGGCUUUUUCGUGAAGCGUACCAUGGAUAUUAAGGAGUCAGCUGGCUACCUGGCACUUUUGACAAAGGGCCUGGAAAGAAUGUACCAGGGCCUCACACUACGCAGCCGCCCUUGGGGAACCCCAGGGGAAGCUGAAUCAGAAGCAAAGCCUUCUACAAAUCCUCUCUGCUCACUCCUCACCUUCAGUGACUUCAAUGCAGAAGCUGUCAAGAACAAGGCCCAGUCUGUGCGAGAAGUAUUUGCCCGGCAGCUGAUGCAGGUGCGUGGACUGAGCGGGGAAAAGGCAGCAGCCCUGGUGGAUCGAUACAGCACCCCUGCCAGUCUCCUGGCUGCCUAUGAUGCCUGUGCCACCACGAAGGAGCAGGAGAUGCUGUUGAGCACUAUCAAGUGUGGGCGUCUACAGAGAAAUCUGGGACCUGCUCUGAGCAGGACCCUGUACCAGCUGUAUUGCAGCCACAGCCCUCUGACCUGACCUAUACCAGGAGACACUCCCCAGCACCUAUCGUCAUCUCUACCAAGGCUGGCUAGCCUUUUAACUGAGAUCCUCUGGGCUUUAAUAAAAAUCUCACUGUGUGUGGUCUUAGGUGUUACGGAAGCAGUGCCAAGGCCCUUAUGAACUA